UGCCACACACACACACACACACACACGCGGGCUGGGUCCUCCCUGAGACGUGAUUGCUCGCGUCCUGAUUGAUCUGGAGAGGAGGUGUUGUCUUCAGAGGUUGAGCCAUUCUCCGCUCUGAUGCCAAGCGCACAUGGAGGACUGUGCCAAAGACUGCGCUCACCUGGCGAGCCCGCCGUCCACGGAUCUUGGAUUUCCAUUAUAACCGGACAACAACUGUUUUUACGACUUUUUAAAAGAAAGAAUACGCGCAUUUAAAGACUCGGAAUCGAUGUCGUCAGAGGUUGUCGUCGGAGUGAUCUCCUCACAUCGCUGUCUCAGGUUAAGUGGCACUUAGUUACCGCUUCACAACAGCCGAGACCAAUUUAGUCUGUUCUGAGAGGACAAGUGUUAGUUUGAGCCGUUGAUAACGACCCGCGAACGCAGUGGGAACAAUACCUGGACUGUGGAGGAAAGUUUGGAGAGCUUCGGGAGCAUUAGUCCGAGUGUCCGUGAGAUGCUGCUGUGAAUGCGGGGCGAUGUCCCGACGGAAGCAAGGAAACCCACAGCAUCUGUCCCUCACACAGAGGGAGAACCGACCGACUGGGCCAGAUCAUGACGCAGGGGUGGACCAGUGCCCAUCGGACGGCUCUGUGGGCGGAGCCGGAGAGAGUGACCUGCUGACCUGCGGUCAAUGUCAAACCAACUUCCCCCUGGGAGAUAUUCUGGUGUUUAUCGAGCACAAGAGGAGACUGUGUCCCGGACCCAGCGUCUGUUUCGACAAGCCGACCGACUCCGGCGGCUCCCCGUCCCCCAGACCCCCGCGGGUGGAAGUGUGCCGGAGGUCUGGGCCCGUGGAGGUUGGGAUCCAGGUCACGCCAGCAGAGGAGGAGGAGGUGAAACGACUGACGCCCGCCAGAGGAAUCUGCCCCAAGCAGGAGGGCGUCCCAACAGGAAGAGAUGAGCCCUCCAGUUACAUCUGCACCACUUGUAAGCAACCCUUUUCCAGUGCAUGGUUUCUGCUGCAGCAUGCGCAGAACAUCCAUGGGAUACGCAUCUACCUGGACACCCACCCUACUAGCUGCUCGCUUACCCCUCGCAUGGCCCUUCCUCCUCCACUGGGGGCUGAUGCCUUGCCCCGUUCCCCUCUAGCCAGUUUUCUGGGUGAUGGCAGCAACCCUUUCCAACUGUUUCGUAUGGGUGCCCCACUGCUAAGAGAGCCUCCACCACCCAGAUACAUUGAAACCCGCUUGCCAUCUACCCCGCCCUUUGUAAGCCCUCCGCCACCCCGUCAUCCUCUGGAACGCCUUGGCCCAGAGGAGAUGGGUCUUCUGUCCCAGCAUCCAAGUGCUUUUGAGCGAGUGAUGCGGCUGAACCAUCAAUCAAUGGGCAUUGAACCAUCCAUGGGCUUCUCUGACCGUCUUCGUGAAUUGGCGGGCAACAACAACAACGGUGGUCCGACUCCCCCUCUUUCUCCUAACCGUGUACCCCCUAUGCAUCGGCUUCUCAGCCCCACUCUCUUCCAGCCUGGCUCCAAACCUCUACCUUUUCUAACCACACCCUCACAGCCACCAUCAGUUCCAUCCAGAGGCCAUUCCUCAUCACCACUAAAUCAGGUCGGCAAAGCCAAGUCCUGUGAGUUCUGUGGCAAGACUUUCAAGUUCCAAAGCAACUUGAUUGUGCACCGACGUAGCCACACUGGCGAAAGACCCUACAAGUGCCAUCUCUGUGACCACGCAUGCUCGCAGGCCAGCAAGCUAAAGCGCCACAUGAAGACGCACAUGCACAAGUCAGGCUCCAUGGGGAGUUCACCUGAGCAGGGAGGGCAAGACUCAGCUGGGGAGGGGCUGAAAAACAGUGAGGACAAUGGCACAAGGGAGGGAUUGGAUAACGAGGAGGAGGAAGAAGAAGAAGAGGAGGAAGAAGAGGAGGAGGAAGAAGAGGAAGAGCAGCAAAAUGGGAGCAGGCCUGAGUCCAACCUGAGCAUGGACUCGGAGUUGAGCAGAAACAGAGAGAAUGGCCCAAGACCCUCCCCAGAGGAGAAGCCUCUGGCCACUGACAGAGUGACAGAAAGCCAAUACAACAACCUCGACAAUCACUUGAGACUGCCACCGGGCAGCAGGCCAUGCCAGGAGAUGGACACCGUUUCGGCAGCCAGGGAUAUCGACAGAGAUAGGCGGCCCAUGGUGAAUGGCAGAGGCUGCGGCCCGAAGGAUUCCAUCUCAGCGAUGUUUCACCGGAAGCCAGUGCCUAUUUCCAGCUCCAGCCUCUCUGGGUCUUCUGCCAAGAGGAUCAAGAUGGAGAAGGAUAUGGAGCAUCCGCAGGUGCCCGUCAUAUCCCCGGAAAAUGUGUAUUCUCAGUUGCUUGCCGGUUAUGCUGCAUCCCACCACUUCAUAAGGGAGCCAUUCCUGAGCUUUACCGACUCCAGGCAGUCGCCUUUCGGCACUUCUUCCGAGCACUCUUCAUCUGAGACAGGCAGCCUGCGCUUCUCCACCCCUCCAGGGGAAAUUCUGGAGGGUGGUGGGAUGUCAGGGCGAAGUGGUAGCAGUACACCUCACCUCCAUCUGCGGGGUCCCGGGCCAGGGAGACCACCCAGCUCCAAGGAGAGUCGGCGGAGUGACACCUGUGAGUACUGUGGGAAGGUGUUCAAGAACUGCAGCAAUCUGACCGUGCAUCGGCGCAGCCACACAGGUGAGAGGCCUUACAAGUGUGACCUGUGCAGCUACGCUUGUGCCCAGAGCAGCAAGCUUACCCGUCACAUGAAGACCCACGGGCAGUUUGGCAAAGAGGUGUAUCGCUGCGAUAUUUGCCACAUGCCCUUCAGCGUGUACAGCACCCUGGAAAAACACAUGAAGAAGUGGCAUGGAGAGCAUUUGUUGACCAAUGAGGUCAAACUUGAGGAGUCGGACAGAGCUUGAGACCACUUUUCAAUGCACUGCAUUAUGGGUUUAGCUGGAUAGCCUUUUUCUUGACUAUAUAUUUUUUGGAGUGAAUUUUUUUUUUUUUUUUUUUGUGAAAACAAACUGCCACCUGAGAAACAAGAACACAGGGAAAUGUUAGUCUGCGGUUCUAAAAACGCUUCCUGCAUUUCCCAGCAACUAACAGAGGAGUAGUCCAUUGGGAAUUCAUGGAGCCUUUCUACUGUGCAAUAAUUUCUGUAUUUAUUGGAUUAUUUGUAAUGACACAUGGCAUGUGCAGGUACAUUAUCGAUGGGUUUCUAAUGCAUUCAGUUCCUGAAAUUAUAUUUCUACACACCCCAUCUUAUGAUAUGACAAAUACUGAGAUUUUGGCUGUCAGCCAGUUAUGUGUUCUAAACUAGUUUCCUCAAAGGAAACAAAUGGGUAAUUUCUAAAGAAGAGGUCGACUUCUAAAAAUCUGAGAAAGUUUUCAUGUUAUUGUUGCUGUCAAUGGCCCCCACUCAUUAUGGGUUAUAUUCAGUAGAUAGACGUAAAGCACUGAAUGUCACUUUGACAAUAAAAAUAUUCAACA